UACUUUCCAGUUCCAGCACUGCACAUCUAGGAGGCGGUAGGCGGUUCAUCUUGAGAAGUAGCCGGUGGCGUGCCGAAUUUAUUCUUCCAUAGCACAUUUCGGACGAAAAUGGCUUCAAAUUGGGCCAAAAGUGCGGAAGAGCAGGAAAAGCUGGUCAAGAAGCUUAGCACAACAGAUAUAACUCCACCGAACGAUUCCGAGGCCAGCCGAAAGCCACAGCCCGCAGGCACAGGGGAUACCCAAACUGACGAUGAAGCCGUGACACCUGCCGAGCGGUCUUUGCUCCAAAAAAUUAUCCGUAAAGGCCUUGUUGAAAACAAAAAUGACAUCGAAAUUCAACGAAAGGACCCGACUUCGCCCCUCUACUCCGUCAAGAGCUUUGAAGCCUUGCACCUGAAACCGAACUUGCUGAAGGGAGUUUUCACUAUGGGCUUCAAUGCCCCUUCUAAAAUUCAGGAGUCUGCCCUACCUCUGCUUCUAGCGGAUCCCCCUCAGAACAUGAUUGCUCAGUCUCAAUCAGGUACAGGCAAAACAGCUGCGUUUGUUCUUGCAAUGUUAAGUCGUGUUGACCCCAGCAAGAACUAUACUCAGGCAUUAUGUUUGUCUCCAACUUACGAGCUAGCCAUUCAGACAGGAGAGGUUGCUGCCAAGAUGGCACAAUUUUGUCCUGAAAUUAAGAUUCGGUAUGCUGUUCGAGGAGAGGAAGUUCCCAGAGGGACAAAACUCACAGAGCACAUCAUUAUUGGAACUCCUGGAAAGGUGGUUGAUUGGGCCAUAAAAUUCCGCUUUUUUGACUUGAGCAAGAUCUCUGUGUUUGUGCUGGAUGAGGCUGAUGUGAUGAUAGCAACUCAAGGUCAUCAAGAUCAGAGUUUCCGAAUUCACAAAGCGCUCUCCAGAUCAUGCCAAAUGAUGUUCUUCUCUGCUACUUAUGAGCAUGAUGUGAUGGAGUUUGCUGAAGCAAUUGUAAACAAUCCAGUAGUCAUAAGAUUAAAGCGUGAGGAGGAAAGUUUGGAUAAUAUUAAACAGUACUAUGUCAAAUGCCGAAAUCAGGACGACAAGUACUUAGCCAUUUCAAACAUUUAUGGAGUAGUAACAAUAGGCCAGGCUAUGAUUUUCUGCCAUACCAGGAAAACUGCUCAAUGGCUUGUGGAGAAAAUGACAAAAGAUGGUCAUGCAGUUGCCCUGCUUUCUGGGGACCUCACAGUAGAGCAGAGAAUAGCCGUGUUGGAUAGAUUUAGAGAAGGCAAAGAAAAAGUUCUUAUCACUACAAAUGUUCUUUCAAGAGGUAUUGAUGUUGAACAAGUUACUAUUGUUGUCAACUUUGAUCUACCUAUUGACCUCAAUCGAAAAGCCGAUUGUGAAACCUACCUCCACAGAAUUGGGCGCACUGGUCGGUUUGGCAAAGCUGGUCUAGCCAUAAACUUAAUUGAUAACUCUGAAAGUAUGACCGUUCUUAAGCAAAUUGAAGAUCACUUUGGGAAACCAAUUCACCUUCUGGAUGCAGCUGAUGUCGACGAGAUUGAAAAGUUGGCUUCUGCUGAUUAAUGCAACUGAAAGACAUUGUAACGCUACAUUUUCCUGAUUUUGUGUUUUUAUUUAUUUGGACUAUUAUUUCUAUGUCAAUUAUUAUUGGUCAUGUCUGGAGGGAAUUAUUGUGAGCUCAAUUUUUGUCUGUCAGUUAUCUUUUAUGUCUCAGUUUUCAAAUCCAGUGGUAUGCCUUCUUUGUUGCUUUUUGUUUCUGUAAUUGUUUUGCUUAAUUGUGACCACACAUACUUCUUGUUUCAUCGUAAAAAGUUAUCAUCUUUUCUAGACUUUACUGUCAUUUUGAGGCAGGUUUAAGAUAUUUUUUUGCCUUUUUGACUGCAUGCAAGUUCAAAUUAUGACUUUCACUGUUAAAAGAGUGAUCACCUAGAUCAAUUCUAUGUCACUAAUUUCAGUAUCCCCCAUCAGAGCCUAAGGAUGCAUUUGUUCAGAGUCUGCAUUCAAACAUGUUAUAUAUGUAAAUGGUUUCCUGCAGUUUAUAUAUUUUUUGUAUAAAGCAUUUCUAAACAACAAA